ACAUUGGUCGCUAAAGCUGCCAAAAACUUUUUAGUUUUGUAGUGUCUGACAUCAGUUAGCAUCAAGGUCUUACAAGAUGCUAAUUUGCUUUUCUAUUAUUAUCUGUUACUGUUAGCAACUAUGCUAAAAGUUGUUUGCUGUGCUUGUUAGCUAAGCUAAAAUCCUUUCUCGGUAGUUGUUAGCUUAGCUGUGAGAGUUUUUCCCCAAAAACGGUGUCGGUGGUUUUACUGAGGUCAGUCAGUCCAAGGACUCUCAUGAACGCUUCCUUGUUUGGGAGAAAUGUGCUAAUCCCCCGUGGAGCCACGCUGGACCGGAGCCAUGUUUUGGUUCCUGCUUGGAAGAAACCAUCUUGGGCCCCCGGAACUCUUUUGUUGCUGUUUUUCUUUCAUUGUUGGGUCAAGUGACCCAUAUUAGGGGGGUGUUUUUUAGGUAGGCGGAUAUGUGUAUGUCAAAUAUAGGUUUUAUGUAUAGACAGGAUACUGGUUCACGAACGAAAACCUGCAUCGAGGUCUCGAGCAAUGGCGACCAUGGCCAUCCUGCAGCCGCCCCUGCCCCUACCGCCGCUGGCGCGCUGGUACCUGUACGCCAUCCACGGCUACUUCUGCGAGGUCAUGUUCACGGCGGCGUGGGAGUUCGCCGCUCAGCGUAAUUGGAAGUUCCCGGGCGUGACCAGCGUGUGGGCGCUCUUCAUCUACGGCACGUGCAUCCUCAUGGUUGAGCGCAUGUACCUGCACCUGCGGGGGCGCUGCCCCGUAAUGGUGCGCUGCCUCAUCUACACGCUGUGGACGUACAUGUGGGAGCUGGGCACCGGGUUGCUGCUGCGCCAGUUCAACGCCUGUCCCUGGGACUACUCGGCGUUCCGAUACAACUUCCUGGGCCUGAUCACCGCCGAGUACGCGCUGCUGUGGUUCUGCGCCUCUUUCAUCGUGGAGCGCCUCGUCAUCCGAAACGCGCUGCGCCUGCGCGUCCAUCAGGGGCCGGAGGACAUGUGGUCCAGCCCCUGGGUGGACGCUUCCAGGGGCAGGGCGAGGAGGGGCUGGAUGGCUAGCGCUAACGGCUUCCUUAAAUGGGAUUGAAAGGGGGAGGGACAACUGGAUGACAUCGCUGCGCCCCCCGCCCCUGCGUCAACGCAACAUUCGCCCUCCUCUAAGGGGUCUGGGGUCGCCCCUUGAGGGGGCCGCUAUCUGCUGAUAUGCAAAUAUGAUUCAUGUUUCGAUCCCUCGCUUCACACGACCAUCAACGUUUUGUCUUUUUUAACGCUUCUCACUGCUGUACACAACGCCUCAACGUGUUGCACUGUGUGUUUAAAUAAAGUUUGGAAAAAACAUACUCAGCAAACAAAACA